CCCGGAAAAACAAAAGCAAAUCCAGCAAAGCAUGGAUAGAAGGAUAAGCCCCGUUUCUCGAUCGCCAUGACAGGUCGCAGGCGCAGAGCUGGAAGGGCUGCAAGAAAGAGGAGCCAGAAACGUCAAGGUGGCGUCUGCUCAGUCUCUCUAGGCCACCAGCCUCAGUACGUGAGGCUGAUGAGGUUUCUUCACCGGAGAGGAUUCUCCCAAACACUCCUGCAGCCGGCUCUGUUCUCUGACACAGGCAGAGGACUGCGGACGCUUCAGACUAUCAAGCCAGGCCAGCUGCUUGUUUCUCUCCCAGAAUCCUGCCUCCUCACAACAUCCACCGUUUUGAGCAGCUACCUGGGGCCGUUUAUCAAGAGCUCCAAGCCCCACCUUUCUCCUCUUUUGGCGCUCUGCGUCUUCCUGGUGUGCGAGCGCCAUCGUGGGGAGGCCUCUGAUUGGUUCCCCUACAUCGACGUGUUGCCCCACUCUUACACCUGCCCCGUUUAUUUCUAUGAUGACGUCCUGGAUGUCCUACCAGCUGCCCUGAGGAGGCGGGCCUUAGAGCAGAGGGAGGCGGUGCGGGACCUGCACUCCUCCAAUCAGGAUUUCUUCAGGACUCUGCGUCCGGUUCUCCGCCGUCCCACAGAAGACGUGUUCACAUACGAGGCGCUCAGGUGGGCGUGGUGCAGCGUGAACACGCGCUCCGUCUUCAUGUCCCGCCCGGCCAGCAGCUUCCUGUCAGGACCAGACGAUCACGCUUUGGCCCCUUUCCUGGACCUGCUGAACCAUCGUCCGGACCUGCAGGUCACAGCAGGUUUUAACCAGCUGACGAAGCGCUAUGAGAUCCGGAGCGUGUGCGGGACACAGCGCUACCAGCAGGCCUUCAUUAACUACGGUUCCCAUGACAACCAGCGCCUGCUGUUGGAGUACGGAUUCGUGGCGGCAAACAAUCCUCACAGCGUCGUCUACGUGGAAACUGAUCUUCUGUGUGACGUUUUAAGAGGCGAUAAGAGUUUGGAUCAGAAGAUGAAGUUUCUCAGGGAGAAUCAGUUCCUUCAUAAUCUGACGGUGUCCAGCGAAGGGCCCAGUUGGAGGCUGAUGGCGGCUCUCAGGCUGUUAUCUCUGCCACAAACCUUAUACCACCUCUGGAGGGCAGCCCUGCUCGGUCAGGAGGUGGAUGAAAAGAUGGAGGCGAGGAGCAACCAGACAGCCAGGACUGUGUGCCAGAAGCUGCUGAACGAAUCACUAAUGGCUCUGCAAAAGAUCGCCCAGCUUCUCGCUCACUGCGGGCAGCCAAUCAGGGAGCAGCUGGAGGUGGCGAGAGCGUUACGGCAGGAGGAGAGGUGGAUCCUGGAGAAAUGUUUGACGGCGUUGAAGGACUCGGUACGUCCAGAAGAUGAGACGUCCUCCAGUGAAGCAAAGAUGGGAGCAGAGAGCUGCUGAGAAGACUUUCACAGACUUUCUCAAAGUGCCUUGCAAAAGUAUUCACACCCUUUGAAGAUUUUUUAUCAGACUCACUGUGUUUUAGCAGGGUUUUAUCUAGCAACAGUGUCCAUGAAGAUGGAAGUAGAUGAGUUUUAGAUUUUUUUUAUAAAUGUUUGCAAAAUAAAUUUAUUUUUUUUAAUGUUUUUCAUUAUAUUCAACUUCUUUUCCCUCUGAUGCCCCAAACAGAGAUAUAAAAAAAAAAUGGUGCAACCAAAUACUCCUAAAGGCUAUUAAGCCAACCUAUGGAGUGACUAUAGUUCAUUUGUCUGUAAGUGAAACUCAGCAGAAAUCCAGCUGGUCUGGGACGACUUCAGUGGAAAAGGAACGCAUCAGAGGGAAAACUCGGCUUCUGAGCCAUCUAAAUACCACCAUCAACUUAAACUGAAGCUUAGAGCAAAGAGAAGCAGCCUAACUGGCUGUGGUGGCUCUGGAGGGGCUGCAGAGAUCCUCUGUCCAGUUGCCCUUUGCAGCAAACAACAGGGGGCGCUCUAACCAAACAUAACCUUCUUUCUGGUCUGCACGCACUCCUUAUGAAUGAAAAAUUA